AUGAAGACAAAAUUAAAGCGCUGCAAAUUGCCAGAGAUCAGCUGUGAUUCUCUGGUCUCAGCUCUGAAGUCCAACCCCUCCCAUCUGGAACAUCUGGACCUGAGCUACAACAACCUGCAGGAUUCAGGAGUGAAACAUCUGAGUGGUUUUCUGGAGAGUCCAGACUGCAUCCUGAAGUCUAUGAGAUUGUGGAGCUGCAGUUUGUCAGAGAUCAGCUGUGAUUCUCUGGUCUCAGCUCUGAAGUCCAACCCCUCCCAUCUGGAACAUCUGGACCUCAGCAGGAACAACUUGCAGGAUUCAGGAGUGAAACAUCUGAGUGGUUUUCUGGAGAGUCCAGACUGCAUCCUGAAGACUCUGGGAUUGUGGGACUGCAGUUUGUCAGAGAUCAGCUGUGAUUCUCUGGUCUUAGCCCUGAAGUCCAACCCCUCCCAUCUGGAACAUCUGGACCUGAGUAAGAACAACCUGCAGGAUUCAUCAGUGAAACAUCUGUUAGAUCUUGUGGAGAGUCCAGACUGCAGCCUGAAGACUCUGAGAUGGAAGUCAUACUGAUCAGGACGGUGUUUGUGCUGAGAGGAGAAAGUGUGUCCUGAUGAUCCAGAGAUUGAAGCAGCAGCAGCUGGUGUGUAGAGACUCUGACUGGACCAUGUUACUGCACUGUAAAACCUCAGGAAUUCAUUUGGUCAAAUCAACUCGUGUUCUAGUUUACUUUAGAGAAAUACAGGAGUUUUACUAGUUGCUAAUUAUUUUAACUUAAGAUGUCUCAUUUUUCUUUUCAGUCCACUUUUGAACUUAACAACAUGAAUUUGUGGAACUUGAAGCAUUGUGACUUCAGAUAUUGAGUUGAAUGAAUGAACAGCUCAGAGUUCACUCGACUCAUUAAAUUAAAUUCACAGGAAAUUAAACAAACACAGAUUUCCCUGUUAAUGUUCACAUGACAUUAAAUGUAAAAAUGAUCAUUAUGUUACAACUAGUUCUGUUUGUUUUGUGAAAUUACAGACAACAUCUAGUCAAAUCCCAGAAAAAGUAUUAACUUAUAACUGUAAAUAAUGUCCACAUCAAAAAAAUCUGUAUUUUAAUCGUAAUUUGUUCUUUUAUAGCAUUAUUUACUGUAUUUGAAUCAGUAACAAAUCUGAGUAUUUUACAGAUAUUUGUCCUCAUUUUAAAGACUGUAUUAUGAAUUGAAAACGAUAAAUGUUUUAACACUCAACUUACAUAUUUGGAGUGUUUUGUUAAAUUACAGAUAAUCUGGAAUAAAAUAACAGAAAAAAAGUGUUCAUUUAUUUGGGAUGUUGGCUGUAAAAGAAAAUGAUGAAAACUGUCAAAUAAUGUCCACAUCAAAAAUCUGUAUUUUAAUAAAUGAUCAUUUGUUCUUUUACACUCUUGUUUAUUGAAUUUAAAUCAGCAAAAAAUGCCAGUUUUCAAGAUA